ACCAGCCUCCAGCUGCAGCAUCAGCAACAGCAGCAACAGCAGCAGAGCAAACACCAGCUACAUCUUCACCCAUCUCAGAACCCAAACAGCCCUGUGCCUGACGACAAACCUCAAAGAUUUAAGCAGAAGCCAUGGUGAAACUGGGAGUCAACCUGACAGACAAAACAGAAAAGGAGCAGGGUCUUGAUGACGAUUUUGAUAACAUCCCUUUGAUUACUCCCCUGGAUGUGAACCAACUGCAGAAACCAUUCCCUGAUAAGGUUAUUGUCAAGACAAGAACAGAAUAUCAACUUCAGCAGAAGAAGAAAAGAAAAUUACAUGUUCCAGGAAUUAAAAAAUUGAACAUAAACCUUUAUGAUGAAGUAUCAGAAAAGGUCAAGCUAUCCGGGUUAAUUCUCAUCACUAUGGUGUUUCUGGCCUGCCUUCUGAUGCUGGUCAUGUAUAAGGCACUCUGGUAUGAUCAGUUAAGCUGUCCAGAAGGUUUUGUGUUUAAGCAUAAACACUGCACACCUGCUGCUUUGGAGAUGUAUUACUCAGAACAAGAAACAGAACCCCAUGGAAGUCUCUACACGGCACUUAACCAUCUUAACCAGGCAAAGAAAACAAUUCCUGAGAUGCCAUCACCAUGGUUACCAGUCAUUAAUGCUUUGAGGGAAGUGGAAAAGGCAAAAGGAGAACCCAACAAUUCUCAGUAGAAGGCACAAAGGACCAAAGUCGACUAUGACGACUGUACUUUGAAUUGUAUUGUCAUUUAACAGAAGUAUUGAAGCUUAUACAUUACAUUUCUGUCUCUGGAAAUAUGAAGUUUUAAGGGUGUGCCUAACUUACAAAUGUUUUUCCACUGCAAAUAGGAAACCUGCAUUCAUAACCUAGAAAGCUAUGGUUCCUAUAUUUCUGCCAGGGUCUGGUGACUACGUGAAAGUAAUAUAUUUCUCAUUAGCAAUACAACAUAAAUAGAAGACAAAGGCCACACAUUUAUAUUGCUUGACUGAUGUAAAGCAUUAGUGAGUCGUUACGGAAAACGUUUGAUUAGAAGAGGUAAACCAGUUUAACAUGUAAGAAAAAAAAUCAUAUACUACUGUGUGUCAGCUAAUACUCAGAUAAAGAUGUAGUAAAGUUCUUCUAAGCUUCCCAUCUGUUCAUUUAAAAAGCAAUAUGAACAAGACGAGGAUAGAAGUACAGUCACUUUCAGUAUUUAACAUCUCAGACUAAGUGGUACAGAGCAGCUCAUUUUAAUGUUGUGAUACUAGAAAAACUGCUUGCGUAGCAACACUAUAAAUCUCUGUAUGUUUUUGUUGCUGACAGACUGCAUACUGAGAUCACCUUGCUUUAAAUAAUCUUUCAUAUGUAAUGGAUGUCUUGGUUACAGUGGUUUUAUCUGACGGAAGACUGCAGCGCUAAUUUGGAAUUGUUCUGUCUGGCUGACUGCAGCCCCUGGUGCUGUACUCAGCAGCCCUGCUAAACAAUGUGAUAGUGUAUGCUUUAUCAUGCCUCUCUCAGUACUAGUAAUACCAAGUAUUGUGCAUUAUGCUUUAGUACAUAUUACAAAUUUUACAAUACUUUGUACAUUUUUAUAGAAACUGUGAUUUGUCUCUUUUCAGCAAGCACUUUGAAAAUACAAGGUGCCAAAAUGUACUUGUAAUCAACUGCAUUAAUGUUUCAGAUAAAUAAUAAUAAAUGUUUCUCCUUUUUGUCUUGA